CCGUGAGCUCUCUCUCUCUCCCUCACUCACUUCCCCUCUCUCUGUCUCAUUCCUGUCUCCCCAUCUCUCGCUGCACGGAAUGAAGACCGAGAAAACAUCACCACCAUUGCCAUCUUUCAUGGUGAAAAACCACAAAAAAAAAAAAAAAAACAACAACCAGCCAUUAAACCCAGAAACUAUAGCAAGAGAAUCUGAACUCUUUCAAUCUCUCUCCCUGCUCACAGCUAAGAUGUUGAGCUUCAUUCGAAUCCGAGAGGAUUCUAAAGUGGGCAUGACAUUUUCGAUAAUGGUGCAAUUGUGUAUGGCGUUUCCGUCCACCCUUAUUUGCACGGCUCUUCGCCAACGGUGUAAGGACUUUGAUUCGAGGCGUACAAUCCUGGUGUCAAGGCACUCCUAUAUUGGCAUCUUCAAGUGCUCUCGGUGUAGGACCCAACCUAUUGUUCAUUCAAUGUUAUAUUAUUCAUUUUUGGUGUCUCGGAUUAGUUGUAUACUCUGAACAAAUUCCUCAAUUGCAUAAGCAUUGUAUUUAAAUUUAUAAGUUUUAUUUAUGCUCGUUACUUCA